AUGCAAAGUGAAGAAGCAAAGCCUGGGGUGACACACAACUCAAAUAAAGAAGGUUCACAGAAACCUCAACAAACUGGUGAUACAUCCAAUAAUAGUAGCGCAGUCAACACCAGUGCAGCCAGUGGAGAAGGUACAGGUGCACAAUCAUCUCCUUCUUCUGCAUCUUCUCAAACUGAUGGAACUGCGGAUGGUGGUAAUUCUGCAGAACCAGCAACGAAUACCUCAACGAGUACGAACCCUGAAACUGACAAUGUACCCAAUAAUGAGGAAUCAACCACCACCACCUCAACAACAACAACAACAACAACAACAACAUUUCCUCCUGAACUCACAAACAACAAGAAGGGUGAUGCAGACAGCAGCAGCAGUAUCAGCAGUUCUGUGUGGGUGCGUGUACCACUACUGAUUGUGGUUACACUGGCCUGUAUUCUUGUGUGCUGA